GUGAUCACAUCAUUUAUAGAUUUCAGACCAGAGCUUUGCUUUUCAAAAGGAAAUGUUUCUCAAACGUCAAGCUGUACGGUUUGAGGAGUCAUUUACUGUGUGGCGGUCAGAGCCUGUUUUUGCAUGUCUUGGCAUGUGGUUUGCAGUGGCAGAUUUGUCUGUGUAAUUUAUUUUGACUCACUGAUGGCACCUCAGAAGGGAGAAAAGAAGAAGAAAAAGAAGAAAGGGUCAAACACGGACACGCUUCAGGAGCAGAGGAAAAACAAGAAGGAGAUGGAGUUUGAGCUGAAACUGGCCAAGGAGAAAGAAGAGAUGCAUGAACGGGAGAAGCAGCUGAAGAUCAAUAGGCUGGUUCAGGAGGUAACUGAAUUGCAGCGUGGAUUAAACCCAAGUUAUUUGAUUCAUAUUUGUGAUGCAAUUUACAGCAAAGUUACACUAUAUUCGUUUCCACUGCUUAAACUCAUGUUCCGCCUAGUCGUAUCUCUUGGACAUUUGACAGCUGAGCAUGGGAGUGAAUUUGCAUGUAGCACUGAUGGAUGUUGUUGUCUGAUGCUGCUCGGACCAUUCCCCUGGUACCAGGUGUCAGAGACGGAGAGAGAAGACCUUGAAGAGUCUGAGAAAGUACAGCACUGGGUGGAGCGGCUUUGUCAGACUCGGUUGGAGCAGAUCUCCUGUGUGGAGAAUGAAUCCCCUGAGCUCUCGCCGCCGCUCUCUCCCGCCUCCGAGCACAAGGUGAAGCGCUUCCCUGGUGGUCUCCAUCUGGCCACGACUGAUCUGGACGACAUCAACCUGGAUAACGUUGAUCAGAGCCUUAGAGGCCCUCUGAAGAGACUGGCCCCCACCCAGCCAAGCAAUAGCCAGCCUCCUCCUCCUCUGCCCCUCCCUCCACCUUCGCCGAGGCUCAACCCCACUGUCCCCAACUACCCUCCUGCUCCCUCCCGUGCUUUCCCUCAGCACAGACCUCCAUCUCCAGCCAGUAAAAGGAAACUGCCCUCGGCCUCCUCUACCUUGACCAACAAGGGCCGCAGACCUCACCCACAGCCUCACCCUACUCAACCCCAUCUCACUCCUCCCUCAUCUCAAACAUCGUGGCCUCCAUCCUCCCCUCAACCCGCUCCUCGACCUCCUCCCCCGCCGCCACCUCCACCUCCUCCGCCGCCCCCACCUCCUCCUCCGCCCCCACCUCCACAACACUCUGGAGACAGAAAAGGCUCCCUCAGCAUGUACCACCAUCAUCACCACCAUCACCUCCAACACCCUCCCAGUCCACCAGAGCACAGGAGUGAGUGGGAGACAGGCGGCUAUCUCCCCAGAGGAGGGCUUUACUCGGCUAACGCCAGUGAAAUGUCCCACCCCUCUAGUCCAAAGGUAAUGAGAAAUACAUCACAUGCCAGUCAUGUGUCCACAUCGAGUUUGCAACUAGCUCCCAGCCCACCAAACCAGAGGCGUCAGACGACCCCCGUCAUGUCUAAGCCUGUCAUGCUGCCACAGUCGCAGGCCCAUCGACCAGAGCCACACAAGGCUGCUCACCGUUCGGAUGGUCUGCCUCCAGAGAUGCUGAAACGGAUGGUGGCCUUCAACUCGUCUUUUAAAUCAAAGACCAAACGACAAGGAUUUCAGAAAUACGAGGACGGUUUUGAUCCCUACUCUUUGUUCUCCGCGGACCAGAUCGACGACCGAGAUGUGAGACUGCUGAGAAUCAAAAAGACUGGACAGCUUGACCUUGCUCUAGAGGGAGGAGCAGACUCUCCGUUGGCGAAGUUGGUGGUGUCGUCCGUGUAUGAGGGCGGUGCUGCAGAUAGGCACGGUGGUAUUGUCCCCGGGGAUGAACUUAUGGCUGUGAAUGGGAAAAUCCUCAUCGGUGCCACUUUGACUGAAGGACAAAACUCUCUGGCUCGAGCCUGGAACAGUGGAGGGGACUGGAUCGAUGUGGUGAUCGCUGUUUCCCCUCCGAAAGAUUAUGAAGAUGAAGUGACGUUCUUCUAGUGUCAUUAACAGCCUGCCAAGAAAAAUACUCUGAUUAAGAAGAAGGGAUUUAGACUUGAGGACUCCUUCAGGAUUCACUCUCUUUUUAAUUACAAAUAAAACUUUCCCCAUUGUCUUCUGAAUACACUAAAAGCUUUACUGUGUGUAAAAUUAGCAUCAUAAUGAACUCUUGUGUCAUGAAUCAGGAAAUUGACUGUCAAUGUUCAGUUGUCCCCAGUAAUCUCAUGUAGGUCUCAUGUAGACACACAUGCUCAUCUUUUUUUCUUGUUAAUGUCUCUUGAAAAGCCCAAUAAAGGACUGCUCACCUUGUUACAACA